AUGAAGAUUUCUAACAAAGUCUUUGUUCAACUAUUUGACCCGUCAGUGACAAAGACUGUUGGUCAUUUGAAGUCGUUGCUGUCCGACGGUUCACUGAAAGAUGUAAGAGUUUUGCUUUAUGGUUUUGGUGGUUAUUCUGAAUCACCCGGUGUUACAACAUGCAGUAUUAGAAGCAUUGGGCCGGGAACUGAAGUCGUUAUACCUGACGGCGCUUCAUCGGUCGUAUUAAGAGGUGCCCUAAUAUAUGGACAUAAUCCUUCAUCAAUAAGUGAAAGGAUUCUCAAGUAUACCUACGGCACUAGUCACACACCAAUUUUUGUAGAGGGAGUUCACCCAGAGUGCAAACGAUAUGAAGCUGAUGACCAUAGUAUUAGAUGUCGUGAUGUCUUCAGCAAACUUGCUACUAUCGGGCAAAGCGUGAAAAUGGGAGAAAACACAAGUAAAGAAAACAUAUACUACAACUUUCCAGUAAGAACAAAGGUGUAUGCUGUUUUGAAAUAA